AUGUUUCUUAUAGACAGGACUGUUAAUAAUAGCCAGCCAGGCAUCUUAAGGGACCUACAGUUUAUGGUCGAAUCCGAACCUCUUAGCUGUAUAUCGAAGCCGUAUCUACAAUGUUGGUUCAAGAGCGGCCCAAAAUACUUCACAUCAAAGCCAGACCAAAAGCGGCAAGAGCGGUUUACGGGAUUCAAAACAUGUGCUCUGACGAGGAAGUGUGAGAUAACAGCUGGCUAUCAGCUGAUAACGGAGAGUUCAGAAGGCAAGGCAGGCAGUCAGUCCCUAGCCAUGUGGCCGUGUACGUGCGCGUGUGUGUGGACGUUGGCGUGCGUGAGUGUCGUGUCAGGACUCGACUACGACGACAGUUUUGAGACUUUCAGUGGCUACAGCGAAGACUAUCCAGGUAAUGUGAGUGAGCAUUGGGAUACUUUGGUGAAGUUGUUGGGUAACUCUACAAAUCUGAAACUUCUUGAGGAUGAAAGUUCUAAAAAUGUUUCAACUGAGACACUGAAAGGAUUGAGCGACAGUGAGAUUUGGAGUGCGAUGAUCAACGAUGAGGGUUCAGAAGUGAUGAUGAACGAUGAAGCACCUACACUAGAUCAAGAUUUUUCGCAAGAGAGUAACGAAUCUUUGAACUCUCAAAAGCUUGAAGCGACUGACAAGUUUGCCCAGGAGAAAGUCCUGGACGGGUUGCUGGAAGAUCCAGACGUGCAGAGUGACUCAGCAGGUCCAAAGGACGCCAAGGGUUCCUCCACUUUGGCUUUCGUGUUUGACACCACAGGCUCCAUGUGGGAUGACCUCGUCCAGGUGCGUCAUGGAGCGGCUAAGAUCAUGCAGACGAUGCUGGAGCGGCCUGACAAACCCAUCGCUGACUACGUGCUCGUCCCCUUCCAUGAUCCACUGAUUGGGCCUGUGACGGUGACCACCGAUCACAAGCUGUUGAUGCAGAGACUAAACGAGAUUCAGAUCUAUGGUGGAGGGGAUUGUCCAGAGGCCUCCGUAGAAGCAGUGCUGCAGGCACUCCAGUUGAGCCGCCCCAACUCUUACAUUUACGUCUUCACAGAUGCAAGAGCCAAGGAUCAUCAUCUGAUCAACCAAGUGCUUCCUCUGAUUCAGAAGAAACAGUCACAGGUUGUGUUUGUGAUGACUGGAGACUGCGGGGAUCAGACCCAUCCUGGCUACCAGGUGUACCACAAGAUAGCAGCUACCAGCUCUGGUCAGGUCUACCACCUUAACAAAACUGACGUGGACGAGGUCUUGAGCUUUGUACGAGUAUCGCUGCAGUCGCGGAAGGUGAACCUGUUGUCUGUAGAGAGACCUCCGGCACAACGACCAGCGGAUCUGCCUCUUCCCAUCGACCAAUCUCUGAAGGAGUUUACAGUGUCUGUGUCGGGAUCAAACGCGUCUAUUGGAGUGGUGGACCCGGGAGGUCAUAUGGUACAUUCACCACAGCUGACUCCAUUGUUGGACUUGCAGAAUGUCAAGGUCGUCAAUGUCAAGGAGCCCCCACCAGGUAUGUGGACGCUGCAGGUGGGAAGUGACUCUCAACACACUGUACGAUCUACAGGGCUGAGUGGUUCAGACUUUGUACACGGCUUCAGCGUUAUCCCCACCACCAACAUGGCCGAGACCUACCACCGCCCGCUCAAGUCCGGGUACAACUCAGUGCUGAUCAGAGCCACUGAACCAGACGCUCUGUACAACCUGACCACGCUGGAGCUGGUACUACUCAAUGGCACGGUGGUACAGACCAUCCCGCUGUGUGUGGUCGAACAUCAGCCGGGACUGUAUAGCGGCGGACCGUUCAUACCUCCCAACGAGUUCUUCUACCUAGGGGUUCAUGGAUUUGGUAAAGACAACUUCCCAGUGAAGAGGAUCACGGCAACUGCUAUCAGCGCACAACCACCAGAACUACCAACAGUCACUAUCACUACAAGCUAUGUGGCACAGAUAGGAAAACCCCUGACGCUUUCAUGCAGAGUGGAGUCUCUGGUUCCAUUUGUUGUGAGAUGGUACAAGGACGGCGCAAUAAAAACUAAGGCUAUGACUUACAAUCAAACAGCUGAAGUUCCGCUGCAGAUAGAUUCUGUCAAGAAGACGGAUGCCGGACGUUACAUCUGUAAGGUUCACAUUCCAAACAUCCCAGGGACUGUUUUUAAGGACACCAGAGUGCAAGUAACAGGUCCGCCACCGCUGGUGGUAACUCCUAAAGAGGUGUCAGCACGACCCGGAGCUCCCAUGGAGUUAACUUGUAGUGUCACCAGUGAAAUGUCCUACAACGUCUCAUGGUAUCGCCUCAGCACUAGAGCCAAGGACACAAGUGGCAAAGCAGUGUUGGAUCAGCUGACUGGAUCCCCAGGGGUUGUGAUAUCUGCCAACAACAGUCUGGUGUUGACGUCUCCGGACAUACCAGACGAGGGAUGGUACAUCUGUACGGCUCAGAACACAGGUGGGCAGAGCUCUGGGAGGGUCUACCUUUCUAUACAGCAGCCUCCAGCAGUGCGGGUAACUCCAGCACAUCAUCAGUACACUGUAGGAUCUAGUGUGCAUCUGCACUGUCAAGUGUUGGCUGGGAUACCCUACCCUUCUGUCACCUGGACCAAGGAUAACAUACCUGUGCAGGGAGAUGAUGAGCCUAAUGACAACAUUCAGUGGACAUUAAGGUUGAGGAACUUGCAGAAAGAAGACGAAGGAACUUACUUAUGUGAGGCGAAAAACUCAGUGGGUUCUGCGCAGGGAAGUGCUGAGUUGACGUUGCUAGAACCACCCGAGGUCCGAGCAGAGACAGGCUCUCAGCUGGUCAAGCUAGGUGACUCAGUGAGUCUGCGGUGCUCAGCUUCAGGCGCUCCCACACCUCAGAUCACCUGGUACCGGGACCAGACUCUGCUGACCGACGACUCACACCCGAAAAUACAGAUUUUGAACAAUGGAGGAUUAGAGAUCUACAAUACAAGUCCUGAAGACAGCGGUCGAUACACAUGUGUUGCCAGAAAUAAGGUUGGAACGGCCAAGGACUUUGUAGACGUAGAGAUAGGUUCUGGUCCUCGCGUGGUACAUCUACCAUCAGAUCUUGCAGUACCAAUUGGAGGCUCAGCGAGUGUUUUGUGUGCUGCUAUUGGUAACCCUGUGCCACAGACCACUUGGUCCAGAGACGGACGACCACUGCAGAGCCCCAGAAUGUUUACCUCGGAACAAGGCGAACUGUUCAUCAGAGAGGCAGAGAAGGAUGACGAGGGAAAUUACACGUGCACAGUCGAAAACACCUUUGGGAAAGCAACGUACAGCGUCAACGUUAAGAUUACAGGCAUAGUGUCACCACGGCUGAUGCCGGGAAGUUUACCGAGGUCCACCAAGGUUCUCAAUGGCCGCAGUGUCCAACUGCUAUGUCCAGUACUUGCAGGCAACCCUCCCCCCACCAGGCAGUGGUUCAAGGAUGGUGCUCUCCUGGACAACUACUACAGCUACUUGAAAAUCGGGAAUGAUGGGAGCUUGUUGCUGGCCAAUGUUUCAUCUGUACACAAAGGCUCGUACGAGUGUGUUGUGUCCAACGUCGGAGGAAGAGACUCUUUCACUACAACUGUUGAUGUUAUGGUUCCUCCCAAUAUCAUAGUCACGGAGCAGGAUAAGAGAAGGAGUGCUGUAGAAGGCAGUGAUGUCACUUUUGCGUGUCCAGUCACUGGCGACCCUACACCCAACGUCACGUGGUCUCGACACUUCAAACGCUUACCUACAUCUGGACCAAACAACUCAUCACUCGUCCUGCGCAAUGUCUCCUUCAGUGAUUAUGGGCCUUACACCUGCAUGGCUAUGAGUCCUGCAGGGUCAACUUCUAUCUCUGUGUUCCUCAAUGUACUAAUACCUCCAAGGUUUGACGUAUUAAAGGAGAAUAUCACUGUCAACGAAGGUCACAUCGCUCGUUUGGAAUGCUAUUUUCUUUCCAAUCCUCGUUCAAAUAUCUCAUGGUAUUUUGAGACAAAAUUGCUGCCAUACUACGACCUUGUGGUCACUUUCCCAGUAAAUAGGACGUCUGCAGGACAGUACAAGUGCUUGGCUGAAAACGAGGUCGGAUCAUCCGCCAAGCUGAUUAAUCUCUUUGUCACUGUGGUGCCUCGUAUUGACCCCCUGACUCCCACCAAGGUGGUGGGUGUGGCCGGGGAGGAUGUGCAGCUGUCUUGUCCUGCUACAGGUCAACCCAAGCCCUCCAUCAGCUGGUCCAAACAAGGCUCUCCUCUGCCAAGACAGGUGAGUGCAGACGGCUCUGUCAUGUUGGCCAACCUGACCACAGCUGAUGCUGGAACAUAUGUUUGCACUACUACCAACAUGGCUGGCUCUGCAGUGCUUCCCAUAGCUUUGGAUGUACAUGUGAAGCCUGUGAUUGUCCGGUGGGAGGGGGAGGCGAGUGUGCUGGAAGGGGAAGUAGUCAACGUCGUCUGUGAGGCCGAGGGUGAUCCUGUACCUUCAUUUAAGUGGCUCAGCAACGGAGAAACUCACACUGUUGGCUCCACACUCAAGUUCAUGGUGAAAAGAGAAAACGCUGGGAUCUACGUUUGUGUAGCAGAGAAUAAAGUGGGAAGCGAUAGGCAGAACUUCUCUUUGACUGUUAUAGUCCCUGCCCAGAUUGUAGGCAGUGAGCAGGAAGCCGUGAGACUCUACGGCAACGGCUCCGACACUCGUCUGAUCUGCGAGGUUGAUGGUGUUCCUUGGCCUUCGGUCACUUGGUACAAGGAUGGUGUCAAUGUCACCAACGACAAACGGUUCAGAAUUGAAGGAAAUGCACUUGUUGUAUCAAACGCCUCUGACGAUUUGGCUGGAACGUACAUUUGCCAAGCAGAAAAUGUGGCUGGGAUAGCUCAAAAGAUUUUUGAAACAGAAUUCUAUGAACCACCUAGAAUACUGGACACAAGCCCCACGUUAAUCACCCUCAGGGAAGGGGAUGACUACACCAUCCCUUGUACAGCCACAGGUGUACCAACCCCUGAUGUUAGAUGGAGAGGGCUGGCUCCAGGCUUCCAGAAUGAUGAAAUUGUUGUGAUGAAGGACAACCUGCUGGUGUUGACUCAGGUGACAAUAGCUAGCGAAGGAGAAUACCAAUGUGUGGCUAGCAGUGCUGCGGGUGUUGCGCAACGGAACUACACCGUCCACGUCGUAGUUCCUCCAGUGGCGAUGAACAGUUCUGUGACCCGUGUGGAAAUUGUUGAAUCCAACAGCGGUAUUUUGACUUGUCCAGUACAACACGGCUUACCUCACCCAUCCAUACAAUGGCUCAAGGACGGAGUUCCUAUCAGUUUUGUGGUGAAUGAAAGAGCAGAUGAUACUCACUACAUCUUGAAAGACGGCAGUCUGUCUCUGAAAAUCGUAGAAGCACGACCGGAAGAUAGCGGAUUGUAUGCAUGCAUUGCCACCAAUCUAGCAGGGAGGAGCCAAGCUGAGUUUGAUGUAAAGAUCCUUGCGCAUCCACACUUCCUGGACGAGUUCCCAGAAACGGAAUUCGUAAAAACUGAGGGCGAGCGGCUAGAACUUAAUUGCAGCGUGGGGGGAAAUCCAGAACCCAAGAUCAGCUGGAAGCGAGUAGAACAGAAUCUGCCCGUGAGUCAACACACGUCUCCUGGAGUGAUGUUGGAACUGCCACACAGGUGGAGGCUGGUAAUACCCUCAGUCAGGCCACACCACUCUGGCACCUACCAGUGUACUGCUACCAACCAGCUGGGCAGGAACACCAGGACAUUCUCUCUCAGAGUCACCGCUCCACCAGAACUAGAUGGUCCCAAGGAGGAAUCCAUUGACGUUUCCAGAGGAGACAGGUUGUCUUUGCAGUGUAGGGUGUGGGGUACUCCUGCUCCCAGCAUUUCGUGGGAAUACGAAGAAACGGAUGCUAGCAACUUCCAAAAGAUUGAGAGUGAAGGUGUGGAUCCCCGAAUAUUGGAGGUGUCUGCUCAAAGUGGACUGUACAGAUGCAAUGCUAGCAACUCUCUCGGCUCCGUGUCUAAACUGUUCAACGUAACCAUCUCAGAGCCACCCAUGAUAGCUCGCUCCGAUCUGACGGAGGAGUUACGAGUGAAGCUGGGCGGAGACCUGGUGUUGCCGUGUGAAGUCACUGGACAGCCGACGCCCUCCGUCACCUGGCUACAUAACGGCCACGUUCUGCCCGAUGGCCACAGUCUCGGCCACACACUGGUGCUCGGCCCUGUCACCACUCGCAGCGGCGGAAAGUAUGCCUGCGUCGCCUCCAACAAGGCCGGCAUAGCCGAAAAGACAUUUAAGGUUAAAGUUCUUGUGCCUCCGCGGAUAUCAGAGACCUACCAGUUCUCCGCCGACCCACAAGUGGCGGUUGUGGAGGGGCUUCCUCUCACACUACGUUGCCCCGUCACUGGGACUCCUCCCCCCGCCAUCGCAUGGGUCAAGGACGGGGCACCACAGGAUGGCGGGGAGAUGUUUACAGUGGCUGCAGCAACGUCUCACGACGCUGGCAAUUACACUUGCACUGCUACCAACCACGUUGGCAACGUGUCCAAAUCAUUCAUUGUUGUUGUGCACAGUGCACCAAAGUUUCUAGACGAGGAAACCUCUCCACAAAUUGAGCUCCUGAGCAAGUCUACGCUCCGUUUGAACUGCUCCGUCUCAGCCAAUCCUCCACCCUCCAUCAUGUGGCUCCGAGGCUCCAACCAUGUGAACUCCUCGGUCGUCAAUCUCUCUAGAGACAACCAGACUUUGACAGUAGACAGUGUAGGAUUGGAUGAUUCUGGCCAAUACUCUUGUAUCGCCUCAAACAUUGCUGGAGCCAUGGAGAAAACAUUCAGUGUAAAUGUCCUAGAGGCGCCUAGUGUGAUGGGAGACGAGGCGGCCGGGAACACUUCCUCCCCUCCGUCUCCCCUCAGAGUGAUGCUGCAUCGUAAGAUUGUCCUGGAGUGUCUAGUGUCCGGCACUCCCCAACCCAACAUCACCUGGUACAAGGAUGGAGAACUAUUGUCUGGAUACCAGACAAGCACAGAUGGCCGAAAUCUGCAUAUCAUGAACGCAGUCACUAGACAUGGAGGAAACUACAGCUGCAGAGCGGAGAAUCAAGCUGGCGUGACACAGCUGUUUCUACCUGUGAUUGUCAUAGUGCCUCUCCAGUGGACCGACUGGACAGCUUGGACAGUCUGCAGCAAGAGUUGUGGAGGAGGGAAGGAGUCAAGAGAGAGACAGUGUGGACACAACACCAACACGAGUUCUGCGUUUGUAGAGUUUGACCUGUCAGAAUGUGUGGGAGACAAAAUACAGAGCAGACCGUGCAACGUUUUACCGUGUCAGGUGCACGGUGGAUGGAGUGAGUGGACGGAUUGGACAUCAUGUUCAGAGUCAUGUGGCCGAGGCACCAGACGGCGCUACCGGCGUUGUGACUCCCCUGCGCCGGCUCUAGGCGGAGAUACUUGUCUCGGCUCCGACGGUGAACAAGAAACCUGCACCAUCCAGCCUUGUCCUCAACAGUCGCAGUGGAGUGAGUGGACAUCCUGGAGUGAGUGUACGGCCAAGUGUGGUGUGGGAACUAAGUUCCGCGCUCGUCAGUGUGUCCGUGGCGAGGAAGUAGCGGAUGAUUGUGAAGGCCCUAAGCAACAAGUCAGCAACUGCUCCAACCGAAAAUGUCCCGUGGAUGGCAAGUGGACGACUUGGAGUCCGUGGUCGUCGUGCUCUGUGACCUGUGGCAGAGGACUGAGACAGAGACAUAGACUCUGCUCUCGCAGACUCUAUGGUGGGAAACCCUGCUUCGGAGAUAACAUUCAGAUAGAGAAGUGUGUGAUGGAAGAGUGUGAGGCUCCGUUGGAUGUAGGUAAAACUGCGGCUCAAAAGUCUGCUUCCCUCCGUAUCAGGGGGGAAGUGAACGGUCGGCGAGUGGAGGACAUGUACUUGGACGCUCAAAUUCAACAGGAUGGGCCCAAACGGAGAGUGACGGCAACUGUGAAAGACAUUCUCAAAGCUCAGGCUAGUUGGUUUCCUUACCUGACGUUUUUGAUGCCACCUCUCUCAUGGAAUCCAGCAUCGGGAAGAGGUAAACCCCAUGGCCAAGCCUUCAACAGUGGCAACUUCACUGAAGAGUCUAGGUUUCAGUUUGCCACAGGCCAGGAGUUGAUGGUUAAGCACAUUGGCAAAGGUGUCGAUAAGAAGGGAGCCCUCAAGGUGGACAUCGAGGUGGUGGGGGAGGUUCCACUGUUACAGCCUACAUCCUCCGUGAUGGUGGAUCCUUACUCAGAGGACUAUGUGAAGACAGCUCUCAACGCUGUGUACACUGCGGCCAGUAGUGCUUUGGACGUUGACGGAGAAAAGGUUCCGUUCCAUUGGAACAGAACCGUUCUGUUUGAUGCUUCAAGAGAUACUGUACCGUACUUAGUAGAAAGAUUGUCUACAGAUGAAGUGGCAAGUAAAUACAAUCCAGAAAAUGAUCAAUUUGAUUUUGAGGUAUCGUCUGAAAUGUCUAAAAAGUAUCGUAACAACAAUUGCCCUGUGGGCUUUAAGCUGGACCCCCAGUACCACCAUUGCACUGAUAUUGACGAAUGUAAGGAAAUUAAGAAAACCUGCCAUUCCAACCAAGUGUGUGAAAACCAGUUUGGUUCUUACCAAUGUGUUUGUCAGUCCGGUUUUAGACUAUCACCAAACAGAGCAAAAUGUGUCGACAUAAACGAGUGUCUGGAAGGCAAACCCUGCUCUCACAUGUGCCACAACACUCGAGGAAGUUUCUACUGCUCGUGUCCUCCUCAGUUGGCACUCAGCCAUUCUGGGCUCACAUGUAAAGCUUGGGGAGAGCUGGACAUGGAAGAGCCAGACGAUGACUACGUAGAGGAAGACAUGGACAGUAAUUAUCAGUUCCUGGAAGCUCCGGUAGAAACCUCAGUUAGCUGCAAACCCGGGCUUGUGUGGAGAAAUGAUGAUUGUGUUGAUGUAGAUGAAUGUAUCCGAGAUGACGCUUGCAAGGAAGAGGAGACCUGUAUGAACACUCCUGGUAGCUUUCACUGCCUCAAAACUCCCUGUCCUGACUCGUACUGGGACCACUUUACUAGGUCGUGCAUCAGGGUAUGUGAGGAGUGGAGGGGAGGCUGCGCUGGGAACGCCGUGGUAGCGGAGUUUGUCCGCUACAUUCCGCUCACCCUCUCAAGCGCAAUGCUUCAGCCGUACCAAGAGCUGGCUAUACUGCAACCGCUAGGGCUGCACGACGAGCUUUUGACGCACAGCGUGUUUGACAUAACUGAUAACGAACAAGAUGUACCUUUGCGGAUUAGGAUUGAAGAUGGGCAAGGGAUACUCUACGUGAUGAAGUACUUUGACAUAAGCGGCAUUUACAGAUUAACAGUCAAGGCGUCUUCAUUCAGCAAAGACUACAAAACUGAACUGUACACCACAGAUUUUGUUGUCUUUUUAUAUGCAGAAUCCAAAGAUAUAGAUAACUAGGUUCGUCAUGUUGUAGCGUUAACUGUAGGGUAAGAAAUGUAAUUGUAAUAUUUAAA